ACGUAAACAUCCUUUGCUUAAAUAAUGCUCGUAAGAAAACCAUGCUUAUAAUUCCAGCCCUUUUAUCACAUGAGGUCCUCAAGGUGCUGCUAAACACAAUUACAAUAAACGCGACUCACCUGAUCAUUUUCUGAUUGCGAUAAAGGGGUCCUGCUGAUUCUAUAAAUUAACCAGCACUAAAACUCUGUUUGGUGUUUAGAAGCGUUUAUUACAAGGAAAGCAUUAAUUGUUGUUUUUGCGGGAGAAAAUUAUAGUUUGUGAUCAAGUUUUUUUUUUUUUAACAACAACAGCAAGGAUGGGUUUGGAAAUCGCUGAUGCUCUUCCUGUCCUUCUGUUUAACUGUGUUCAUAAGGAAUGUGGGGCGACUUUUACCAGGCAGUGGCGGCUCCAAGAGCACCUUGCUUCUCAUGCUGGUCAGAAGCUCUGGACAUGUGAUCAGCCUGGCUGCAAUAAGACAUUCACUAAGAAAUCCCAUCUUCGGCGUCAUAAGGUGAAACAUGGAGGAGUACGGCAGGUCAGAUGUACCUUUCCGAGCUGUAAUAAGACAUUCUUUACAAAGGAUAGCUUGAAGAGACACACAAAGUACCAACAUGGAACAAAGGAGGAAUAUUUCAUGUGCGACUACAAUGAAUGUGGAAAGACCUUUAAGAAGCGAAAAGCCUUCAAAAGUCAUCUGAAUGAGCACAAGAAAAUUGUGGCUUUUACCUGCCAGAAAGUUGGUUGUGAACUGAAGUUUGACAGUGCAGCUAAACGCAAUUCACACCAAAGGAAGCACACAGGAUAUGCUUGCAAUUUUAGUGGAUGCCAGAGUGAGUUUCCAACUUGGAAAAAAUUACUGAAACACAAGACAACACACCCUGCUGAAUAUAAGUGUAUAAAGUGCGAUAAGACUUUCAAGAAGAGAAUUGCAUUGCUUAGGCACAGAAGAAGCCAUGCAUUACCUAAACCACCACUGAUGUGUCCAAAGGGCUGCAAGGAUCCAUUCACCACACUUUUUAAUCUCCAGCACCACAUCAGAUCCAAGCACAUCUGCCUCCAGAAGUAUCGUUGCUACUACCCAACAUGCGAGAAAUCUUUUGUGAUGCGGGAAAGUUUAAUACGGCAUGUAGUAGUCCAUGAUCCAGAGAAAAGAAAACUAAAGUUAAGAUUGUAUUCGCCCAUGGGAUGGCAGAAGCAGUUAAAGAAUGGACGGAAGAGGAGACCUGAGGUACUAGUAGAGGAUAACCUCACGCGACUCUUCUGUAAGAAGCUGCUGUUUCAUAAGGUCAGAGUGGAAAGUAACCUUUCAGCUCUAUUUAAUGAGCGCAAGAUCAAGCACCCCAUCACAACUGAAACUUAUCUGAAGGAUUUAUUUGAACUAAAGGCUGAAGAGAAAGUUGAAAAAAGUGUUUAAUUUCAUUAUGUAUAUUUGAGUCUGUAGCACAUUUUUCAUUUCCUGGAUCUAAAAGCAUUUUCCUGACCUUUUGUUUUGAAGUGGAAACUUCUAGGCCAGCUAUGAUACUCAGAUACUCUAUGUGGUUUAAAUUUGGUUAUUUUUUUGUCUAAAUGUUUAUGCUACAGCUGUGUAGUUCUGCUGGCUGAAAUAAAAGAUACUAAGUACAGUUUA